GGAACAAGUCAAUGUGUUUAUUGGUCGUCUCUCUUAGGCUUUGAGCGAGGCGAUAUCGAAUAGUAUCACAACGCCUUUUUGAGGGAAUCAUUGAUCAUCAUUCAACGACUUCCUCCUUCGAAAUACUCCGAACCCGCAUGUUUCUGCCCGUUCGGCAUCCGGGACCCGCUGACAGUGCGUGAGCUUCGGCGAGAUGUGGGGGCCGCUACCUUCAGAAUAUGGCUUGGCCUCAGGGUUCAAUAUCAUCCAUACCUUAGUUAUCUAGGUACCUAGCACCUUGUUUAUUGCGAGCGCCGCUUUUUUUCUUUCUUCCUCAGAGGCUAUUUUUUUACUCUUCCUUUUCAUCUUGACCUGCACGCGACAAACUUCAUUUCAAUCGACAACAAUCGCAUACAAUCACACAAUCGUAUUGUCUCGGUAUUUCACUGUUCCAGUAUCUACCAAUUCAUACUGUCUGUCUUGUCUGUCCGUGACUGUUUCGAGACACUCUUGAGUAACCAACAUCCAAGCUCAACUCCCCCACUUACCUUUUUCUCUGCCUGUCUGUCUCUGUCUCACCCUUCUCUCUCUUCUACUCCAUCAUGUCUUCGCCCGAGCGUCGAACUGCUGGAGUCAAGCGACCUCGUAAGAGCCAACCAAGAACUCGACCUGCACUUCCUACAGGGUCGUCAUUGACAUGUCGGAAAAUAUAGGCACACAAUCCCUCCCUCCCCCCUCGCUUCCUCAGUUGGUUGCCGAGCAGAGCACUCCCAUCCCUCCCACAGACAAGGACUCUCAGCGUCUGAUCGUCGUCCUAUCCAAUGCCAGUCUUGAGACGUACAAGGCUUCUCACGGAGGCACCAGCCGCAACCGUGAGGACAAGUACUCCCUGCUCAACAGCGAUGAGCACAUCGGUGUCAUGCGCAAGAUGAAUCGGGACAUUAGUGAUGCUCGUCCCGACAUCACCCAUCAGUGUUUACUGACCCUUCUGGAUUCGCCCAUCAACAAGGCCGGCAAGCUCCAGAUCUACAUCCAUACUGCCAAGGGUGUCUUGAUCGAGGUCUCGCCCUCAGUCCGUAUUCCACGAACAUUCAAGCGAUUUGCCGGUCUGAUGGUGCAACUCUUGCACCGUCUGUCCAUCCGCUCCACCAACUCUAACGAGAAGCUGCUCCGGGUGAUCCAGAACCCCAUCACUGACCACUUGCCUCCCAACUGCCGCAAGGUUACUCUGAGUUUCGAUGCGCCACUUGUCAAGGUUCGUGAGUAUGUUGAAACCGUGGAUUCCAAGGACAGCAUCUGUGUCUUCGUUGGCGCUAUGGCCAAGGGUGAGGAUAACUUCGCCGAUGCGCUUGUUGACGAGAAGAUCUCCAUCAGCAACUACUCUCUAUCUGCUAGUGUUGCUUGCAGCAAGUUCUGCCACGCGGCUGAAGAUGUCUGGGACAUUAUGUAAGACCCGUCGUCGAUCAAGUCGGCAAGGGGCCGAAGCUGCGAUAGAGACCAAGUGCCGGCUCGCCCUACGACGAUACAACAUCGUCGUUGGGGUUGAGACGGUUCGGUUGUAACUUGGAAUGCCUGGGGUGUUCGCUGUCGCUUGUUUUUGCAACCAAAACAUGGGGCGUUCAACAUCGGGUCCGAGACGUGAAUAUCGUCUUGAUGGGUCAUUUCAACCUGGCCCAUACUUUCCUAUUUGUUCUUUUCUACUGUCACUCAGCGGGUCCGUUCUAUUUUACCCCCAGUUCUUGAUGGCUGUUUGGCCAAGGUUAAGUUUGGAUGGAAUCUACUUAUAGAUUUGUUUGGGCUUGUUGGUCUAAUCGAUCGACGCUUCUUGGUGGGAAAGCCACGAGAGGGCAUUUUGAGAAAGAUUCGGGGAGCUCUUGCGAUGGAAUCUGCAUUUCUCAGCAGUUCCGGGUUCUUUGAGGAUAAUGGGGCUACCACAACGGGCCAAUCCCGCUAUGGUUCUUCGGCGCUCCUCAAUACGUUAUCCGCCAUGGAUGGACAGACAAGACGCCAGACAGUCAAAGAAAAGACAAUAUUUAUAUCAUAAGGAAGGAUGCGGAUAUGUAAACUAUUGUGCAGGUAGCCAACAGCUUUGCGUGUGUAUCUCAAAACACCAGGAAUCAAUAUCUGAACCAAAGGCACGACUAAUGUUAGGGCUGAGGCCACCAAGUGAAGCUAAUCCGCCGCAACCGCGAAUGUGCAA